AUGUCGAUGCCGAACGAACAGCAAACCUUACCAAUUCUGAUUGUCGGCGCCGGGAUUAGCGGUCUUGCGCUAGCCCAGUAUCUACACAAAUGGAAAAUCCCCUUUCGCAUUUUUGAUCGCGAUGUGUCAAUUGUUUCUCGCACUGGUGGCUGGGGAUUAACAUUCCACUGGGGCUUGCCUGCAUUGCAAGAGCUUCUCCCGGAACAACUCUAUGCUCGUCUUGGAGAAUGCAAUGUCAAUCCGGCCGCAACAGAUGCAGGUAGCUACCAGUUCCUCGAUUUGAAAACUGGAGAUGCUUUGCAUGCUGCUACCUUCCCCAAAACAGGUCGUCUGCGCGUAAUACGCUCAAAGCUCCGCGAUCUUCUUUCCACCGACAUUAAUGUUGAGUGGUCAAAGCGAUGUAUAAAAGUUAGUAAUGACACAGAAAGCGUUACUGCUAGGUUUGAAGAUGGAACCACCGCUACAGGCUGGCUGCUGGUUGCCUGUGAGGGUGCCGGUUCGCGUAUUCGAAGAUACCUACACCCGUCAGCGUUCGAAAACAUUCCGGUUCCGGUGCGGCUACUAGGCAUUACUGUGUCGUAUACUCCUGCUCAAGUAGCAGCUGCUUUGGCUAUAGACCCAUACUUCUUUCAGGGCACUCACUCUGAAUCCAACAUUUAUCUUUUCUUUAGUUUCUUAAACUCGCCCCACAACGCCGGCAAUGACACUGGGAACUACAUCUGCCAGGUCAUUGUCUCGUGGGCCGAGACUAAAGAUAUCGCGAUUCCUGAAAGCAACGCAGAAAGAAUAGCUCUUGUCAAACGUAUCACUGCGGACUGGGCGGAGAACCUACGGGGCCUUAUUGACACAGUUCCGUACGAUGCAGAGGCUACAGCCAUUAAUCUCGCUGAUUGGUUUCCAACGACGAGACGGGAGUACGACCGUGUGGUACUGAUGGGCGAUGCAGCCCAUACUAUGACUAUGUUUCGCGGUGAAGGAGGAAACAAUGCAGUUACCGACGCAAACGACCUUGCUAAGCGUAUUGGUCCCCUUAUUACGUCCAAUAAGGACUUGCCGUGGUCUACAUUGUCGCAAGCGCUGGCCGAGUAUGACCAGGACGUCUUCACCCGUGGGCACCGGUGUGUCAUAAAUGCCCGACAGGCAUGUCUAGAUGCGCACGAAUUUUCUUCUGUGACGGAAGAAAGUCCAUUGGUGUCAAGGAGAAGCAAAUAA